AUGGCUAACCGUUCUCGCAGUCAUUCUGAGAAGAGCAACGCCUCUAGUGUUGGUGAUUUGACUGGAAGCACCGAGAUGGAAUAUUUCUGGUGUUUUGAGCUUAACGAGGUUCGCAAAAGUUUCAAAUGGGUUGUGAGUUGUGAAGACGAAGAAGAUGAUGAGGAUUUCAUAGACCAUGUAGUCUUUGUGAAACUGGCGGUCCUUGAUGGAGAUGCUGUUGCAGGUGAGCAGAAUGUCGUUGUAUUAGAAUCAGAAGGCCAGGAUGGAGAAAUGCAGAAAGGGACCAUUGUUAACUUAACAAAAGGAGUGAAUCCCAUGGCAACUUUGAACUUCUCAAUCAAUGGAAAAAUUGGCGGCACUUUCACCCUUACUGAAGGAAAAGGGCCUGUGACUAUUUCAGGCAAUCAUUUGUUAGAAUUUCCACAGAAUGAAAACCUGGACAUCAGCCAGUCAGAACUGGGUAACAAUGAAUCCGUUGUGGAGGAGGAAGAUAAGAAAACCAAUAAAAGUGCUAAACAAAAAGUUACACCUGUAAUCACCAAACGCAAG